UGCCCCCAGCGCGGCGCAGGCGGGGACCCACCGGUUUCGCUCCGCGUUCGCGGCAGAGAAGGGAGGACCCUAGGGAACUGGACCUCCGCGUCUGAUCUCCCAGCCCUAUUUUGGCUUGGGCCCACAUGGAGGGGACUGCAGAGUCCCAGACGCCUGACUUGCGGGACGUGGAGGGCAAGGUGGGCAGGAAGACCCCGGAAGGGCUGCUCCGCGGGCUGCGAGGCGAGUGGGAGCUGGGAACCUCUGGGGACCUGCUGCUCCCUGGGGCACCCAGCACCGGCCACAGCCUGGGGGACAAGAUCAUGGCGCUGAGGAUGGAGCUGGCUUACCUUCGAGCUAUCGACGUGAAGAUCCUGCAGCAGCUGGUGACCCUGAACGAGGGCAUCGAGGCAGUUCGUUGGCUGUUGGAGGAGCGGGGAACACUGACCAGCCAUUGCAGCAGUCUCACCAGCAGCCAGUAUAGCCUGACAGGUGGAAGCCCAGGCCGCUCAAGGCGGGGCAGUUGGGACAGCCUGCCAGAUACCAGUUCAACUGACCGGCUGGACAGUGUCUCUAUUGGCAGUUUCUUGGACACUGUAGCCCCCAGAGAGCUGGAUGAACAAGGACCCCCCGGGCCUUCCUGUCCUGAGAUUGACUGGGCAAAGGUUAUACCCAGUGAAGCCAGGACUGAGGUGGACGUAACAUCCACCAAGCUAGGGAGCUUAACGGCUCCUUGGAAGCUCCCAGGAGAAGAGCUUCAAGGUGGACCACCUGAGCUAUCGGAGGAUGACAAUGUUAAGCAGGGCUUUGAGGCUCACUGGUUCUGGGGACAGUGCCAGGAUGAUGUGACCUUCUUGUAAAAACUUCCCUACCUAUUUGUGCUUUGUGGCUCUUUCAACUUGUGGCCCAAGUCUCUCUCAGUUUUCCCUCAACCUCCAACUAGACAGAAGCUAUACUGAAAUCACUUACCACAGAAGCCUGGCUUCUCUCUCUGCUCCCUGGAGAGCCUUUGCAUUUAUCUCUCAAUUAUUGGGUCCCUGGAGCUAUUUCCAUAGAGAUAUUGACUCUAGAGAACUAGCCUGUGGCUCCUGAUGUAAGGGUAUCCCACACCCUUCCCCAGUGAGGUGAAGGUUUAUGAAAUUUAGGGCCUCUAGGACAUCACUGAAGAAGAGAUGGGGGAAAUAAUCUCCUCAUCCAAAUCCUAGGAGGCUGGGAUGCCUCAUAAACGAUGGAGAACUGGGGAGGGGCGUUCAGGUCCAAACCUCCAUGGGUUGGCACUCUGACAUGCCUUUGGAGUUGGGAGAGGAACCCUUUGCUGCCUGCUGAGUGAUGUCAUUUCAUGAUACAGGGAAGAGUGCUUCCUCUAUAGCAGUCCUGGUUGGUGUGUCAUAGGCCUGUAUGGAGGGUUCCUGAGUCCCCGUUGUCCUGCCAUUGCCUCCUGUGAGAGGGAACACAUCGCUCCUCCUGCAGAUCUCUGUGCUGCUUUUACCAGGUUCUCCUUUCAAUCAUGGUGUUUUCAUCCGUUUGGUGCUGUAAUGAUAUUCUUACCGGGUGGUGAGAAACUCAGAGGCCUCCACCUUGGCUCUCAAAUCUGCUUAGCUCACUUUCCUGGAGACCCUGUCUGGCCCUGGCCCUGGCCCUGUUUCUUACCUCCAGAUCCAUCUGCCAGGAGUUUAGCUUGAGCGUCUUCACGUCUCAGUGUCCUCUUUCGGCCUCUGCAUUUUUAUGUGUCUCUCGUCCCACUGUUGUUUGGAAAGAAGGAGAGUGAAUUCUCACGGUUCUGGGGACACUCUCAGAUGGUGGGAUGAUCUUGUCAUCUCUGACUCUGCUCACCCUUCCCUCAUCCUGGCCAGCUUCCACCAUUUUGAUCAUAAGAAUGCCUUUCUCAAGUUGAAACACAAGGAAUCCCCUUGUUUGAGCUACAGUGUGGGAGUGUGGCAGGAAAAGACAGAGGCCCUGUAGUUCCUGGGCCUUAUUGCGGGGAAUAGACUGUUAAGUACUUUAGGGCAGGCCUAUGACUCCUGGACUUGAGGGGUAAGUGGUGCUGACUCUAGGGUUGGAUCCCAAGACCCUAGCUAAGUACACUGGUGAAGAAAUUCAGGCAAAUCGCCAUUCUGGGCCUCAAGGAAAGGGCAGGCCCAGAGAAGGGAGUGGCAAAUGCUGUGAUUUAUACCUAAGUAAGCUGGGCACUCAGAAGGCAGAGGCAGGCGGAUCUCUAUGAAUUCCAAACCGGCCAAAGAUAUAUACAUAGUUAGACCUAGUCUCAAAAAGCAAUCAGAGCCGGGCGUGGUGGCGCACGCCUUUAAUCCCAGCACUUGGGAGGCAGAGGCAGGCGGAUCUCUGUGAGUUCGAGACCAGCCUGGUCUACAAGAGCUAGUUCCAGGACAGGCUCCAAAAAACCACAGAGAAACCCUGUCUCAAGAAACCAAAAAAAAAAAAAAAAAGCAAUCAGAGCUGGCUGGUGGUGACUCACACCUUUAAUCCCAGCAUUUGGGAGGCAGAUCUCUGUGAGUUUGUGGCUAGCCUGGUCUACAGAGGGAGUUCCAGGGCAGCCAGGGCUACACAGAAAAACACUGUCUCCAAAAACCAAAACACAAACCAAUAAAACAAAAACAAAAACAAAAACAAAACCAGAGUGAUUUCUUGGAGAUUAGCCCUUUGAGUCCCAGGUAGCUGCCCUGUCUUUCCAGGGCCCCGAAACUGGAUUAUACUGGAGGGGAAAGGGCGAUCUUUGUUCAGGGGACCCUCCUGAGUUGAAGGAGUCUUCCCCAAAACAGUCUUUUUCUGCUUUCCAGAAAUUUCAUUUUGGGGAAGGGAAAGAAACCAUAUUGAUUGUACCCUCUCUCCUGUCUCCCCAGCCCAAACACCUCAAUAGUUUUAUAGCCACCAAAUCCUACAGCAGUUCGGCCUCUGGCUUUCCUAUCUAUAGACCUCUCCUCCCAUGUCCUCAAAGUGAUCGCUAUGUCUACAGCGACCUCAGCUUCUUUUCCGCUGUAGCUGGACUUACUCACCGUGCCCCAUAGUUCUGGGACUCCUGCUUUCUUUUCCUCAGACUGGAAUUUCAGAUGCCUUGUCUCAUUCCACACUCUGAGCCAUCUAUAGUGUUCCUUGGACAACCAACCACCUUUCCUCAUUGAAGAUACUGUAUUCUGUUUCUGAGUUACAUUUCAUCAGCUAUAAAUUUAGGAGCUGAAGAGGUUGCCUGCCUCCUUGUGGCCAUUAUGCAACACUGCUGGAGUUGCUGGGUGAAAUCUCCAAGUUUAAAUGGAAUUCAAUCUAGCCUUUCGAGAGGUGGCAUAGAUUUGCCCAUUUCUGCCUGUUGUGAAACUGUAGCAAUGGCCUUGAUAGAGAACCUACUACCCAGUCUACAAACCGCCUCCAUCUAUAGUCACACUGCCCGGCCUGCAAACCCACAGCUCCAUCUGUAGUCAGACUGCCCGGCCUGCAAACCCACAGCUCCAUCUGUAGUCACACUGCCCAGCCUGCAAACCCACAGCUCCAUCUGUAGUCACACUGCCCAGCCUGCAAACCCACAGCUCCAUCUGUAGUUACACAGCCCGGCCUGCAAACCCACAGCUCCAUCUGUAGUCACACUGCCCGGCCUGCAAACCCACAGUUCCAUCUAUCUGUAGUUACACAGCCCGGCCUGCAAACCCACAGCUCCAUCUGUAGUCACACUGCCCAGCCUGCAAACCCACAGUUCCAUCUAUCUGUAGUUACACAGCCCGGCCUGCAAACCCACAGCUCCAUCUGUAGUCACACUGCCCAGCCUGCAAACCCACAGUUCCAUCUAUCUGUAGUUACACAGCCCGGCCUGCAAACCCACAGCUCCAUCUGUAGUCACACUGCCCAGCCUGCAAACCCACAGUUCCAUCUAUCUGUAGUUACACAGCCCGGCCUGCAAACCCACAGCUCCAUCUGUAGUCACACUGCCCGGCCUGCAAACCCACAGCUCCAUUUGUAGUCACACUGCCCAGUCAACACCUCAAUGCCCAAAGGAACUGAAAACUAUUUUUCUCAUUGUAAGAUCUGAGACCUACCUGGAUAAGGUGGCACACCCCUGGCCUGUAAUCCCAGCACUUGACAGGUGGAUACAGAUUAGGGGUUCAAAGUCAUCUUCAGCUACAUAGCUAGCCUGGAACCUGUGGGCAAUCCUUCUGCCUCAGCUUUGAGUGCUGUAAUUAGAAGUGUGAGCCACCACACUUGGGUUUGAGUAUCCUGUCUUAAUACCUUUAGACUCUAGUUCAUCAUCUGAAGAAUCCAAGAGUCACAGAAAAUGUAUCCCUGGUCUUUCCUACAUGUCUCUAGGCUGCCUGGAUGAGGCUUGGUUGUCUUAUUAGUGUGGACUUUUAUGAUUAUAAAAGGAGCUGUUUGGGAGCUCAGAGAAGUGAGAGAUGCAGAGACACAAGAAGAAAGGGAAACGGUGAAAGUCUGAUCUCUGAACUCAUUAAUGCCAAGAUUACUGGUAGCUGGGGAAACAACCUGGGAGGGGGAAGAUGGGUCUGUCCAGGGGACCCGAGACCAUGGAAGAGGUCAGGUGUUGUAUUUCAAGGGAGCUGGGGGAGGUUAGGCUAAACCUUAGGUUGAAUGGAAGCUGAGUGGCAGUUUCAGUUAGAAAUAUUUGGGGUUACAGUGAGCACAAACACAUUGUGGUUAUUGUGCCAGGUUCAUGCUGAGUAUUCAAUUGCACCCAUUCAAAGAAUAAAGAAUGUGUGUGGGCCCACAAGGAAAUGUAAUGCAUAAAAAGAAAAUUAACCUGGUUUAUACAUUAAGCAUUUUAAAACAUUG